UCGGAUUAAAAAAUGUAAACAAAGUACAAAUUAUACAAAUAAAUUGGAGGUAAAAUUCUUUCAAUAAAAAUUUAAUAUUGUUUCAAAAAUAUUCCAACCAGGAUUAUACUGUGAUAAUUAAAAAAGAAAGAAUGGCUGAAUAUUCAAGAGGAGUGCUGCAAGUAAUCGUGGCGCAGAUCUGUCAAUCAAUAGGAUGGCGAUCAAUCCAUUCAACACCUUUGGAAUUCAUGGUGGACUUAUUGCACGAGUACUUGUGGCAACUGGCACACGUUUCUCACGAGUACGGCGGAGUGCUGGGCCGCACAGAAGUAAACCUGGACGACGUGGGCCUGGCAUUUCAGCACAUGAACAUCGACCUGAGCCAACUGGCAGAGUACGUCGAGAACGUGGGGUCGAUUCCUUGCGCAAUCCAAGUCCCCAAGUACCCUAUACCCCGCGAGGACCAUUUGAACUUUAUGAAACCGGGAAGCCGGGAGGUGCUAAAGCGUCCGAUGCACAUUCCGGAGUACUUGCCGCCAAUGUACCCCAAGCUGGAGGAGCUUGAACCAGUCAAGAAAGAAGUGAUCUUCGAGAACGACGAGAAUGUGAACACCAAUCAGACCACUCCGUUGGUCGGGCCGGCUGUUGAGAACCAGAUGAGCGCAGUGAUCAACAACCCAGUGUCCGAUGUUAUGAAGCGACCUGGAGAUCCUCUGCUCGACAGCUUCGCCCCGGACAAGCGUAUCAAACUCAGCGACGAAACAAAAACUCUGAGAGAGAUCCAGAGUGUCAUGAUGACAACUUCGGGGUUCUUGUCGCCGGCUCGCGAGGGUAAAUUACCAGAAUCCCGAACUCCGGCUCAGAUUCGCUCCGACUCGCCUCCCGCCGUCUCCUAUCCCAUGAACCCUUGUGAACCUUCGGUUGACAAGCCCAAGGAAAAAGAAAAAGAGCCUGAGAAAGUAAAGGAGAAAGAAAAAGAGAAGAAGGUUGUCAAGAAAAAAUUAGAGUACCAAAAAGCUGACAAGGAAAGCAAGAAAAAAAUCCGCGAGCAGGAAUUAUUUAAAGCUGAUAAAAUGGUGACUGUUAAACCGAAGAAAGCCGAGGGGAAAAAUGCGACCCCGAAGCCUCCCAAGGGUCCAGUAGGCAGGCCCAGAAAAUUCCCUCUGAAAGUUCCUGUCGAAAAGCCUCCGGUUGGUUUUAGUGAUAAUAUUAAAAAAUUACCCGUAGAACCUGACAAGCAAAAGCUGACAAUUUUUAAGAAAAUUUCAAAGGCUCAGGAACAUAACAAGGUCGCUGAUGUUCCUGAGGUUAAACCCAAGGAACUGGUGUCUCGCGAGAGCUCACCGGAAAUUAUUGUUGAUGAGAUAGAUGACGAGCCGGUUGCUGUUAAAAUUGAACAUGGAGAAAAAGAGAAAGUGAAAAAUAAUAUUGAUGUCGACUUUGUUGAUAUCCGGAGUCCUGAUAUAUUUAUCAGCGACAUGUCACCACCGCGAACUCCCACAGUUCCCAAAACUCCGGAGAUAAAAGUUCCGGGAAUAAUAUCUGACCAGGAAAUAGUGAGGAAGAUGGACCGGCCAAAGACACCUGAGUUCAAGCCUCCAGAUAGUUUGUUACCGAAGGACACGAUGAUUCCACCGGGAAUACCGUUCCCGAUAUUUCCGCCGUUUCCUCCCGGCCCGGGGCUGAUUCCGUACCCGAUAAACCACCCGUUGAUUCCAAGGAUGCCUCUGCCGCAGCCGAGGCUGCUUUCGGAGCAGAUCAAGGUUGAGCGGGAGAGAGAAAUAGAGAUUAUUGAGGACGUUAAGCCGGCUCCGGUGGACUUGAUGCCCAUUAGGGGGAUUAUUAAGGUUGCGGAAAGUCUGCCUGCCCAUCCUGUGGUGAAAAUUGAGAAGCCUGAUAAGAAGAAGAAGCAUAAGGUUGAUAAGAAAGACAAGGCUAAGAAGAAAAAGGAAAAGAAGGAAAAACACAGGGAAAAAACUGAUAAGGAGAAGAAAGAAAAGCGCAAGGAGAAAAAGGAAAAGGAAAAGGAAGAAAAGGAAAAGGAGAAGAAGGAAGAAAAGGAGAAAGAUAAGGAGAAGGAGAGAGAUAAAGACAAGGAAGAAGUUAUUCCUAAACUGACUCUCAAGGUCGACUCAAUCGCGGUCAGACCUCCGACUCCGGAAAAUCCGAUUAAGAAAAUCACUUUCAAGCCGUUACCGAAGAAAGUCGAAGAGCCCAAAGCUACUACUAGUCUGGCUAUUUCUUCUCUGGUUAAGGAAAAACCUCUCAAGGAGAAGGUUAAAAAAGUUAAGUCGCCAAGUGAUGCCAAGAAAGCCCUCAAGGCUGAAAAGGCAGCCGAAAAACAUAAAGAAGUAGCUCCUGUUAUUGCUGCUACUAUUGUCGGUCCGGAUGGCCAGCAGAUUUGGAUCUGUCCUACUUGUGGGAAGCAAGAUGAUGGAACUCCUAUGAUUGGUUGUGACGAGUGUGAUGCUUGGUAUCACUGGAUUUGUAUUGGCAUGCAUGUUCCUCCGGCUUCUAAUGAGAACUGGUACUGCAGUUUUUGUAUUGCGAAAAAGAAUGAAGCCAUUCCAGAUAAAAAGAAACAAAAGAAGAAAGUUAAGAUUAAUGUGUAAUUUUUUUACUGUCGAGAGGUAUGAAUUACAGUCGUGGUCAUUAAUUUAAGUAUGUUUUUUAAUAUUACUGGAAAAUAGCCGUUUGUAAACUAGAACGUUUACUCUGAUAGCCAUCUCAUACUAUAACUUUCAGAUAACCUAGUGCCGCGAAUUAUAGAUAACUUGACGAAAAGUAGCUGGCAAUAAUUUUUUAUCUACUAGUUAUCGUAAAGUUAUGGUCAAACUUUACUUCAAAGAAUUGUAUUGAAACAAUUGUCGUUAAGUUACCGAAAUUUUUUAUUCAAGUUGAUUAUAAGCUUAUAGAUAACUUGUUUUUAAAUAUCGGCACUAUCUUAUUGUCAACUUGUAUAUAAGGAUGGGAAUUUCUAGACUUGACGUUAAUUUAACGAUAACUUGUCUUUAAGUUUAGCGAGAAGAACUUAACUACAAGAACUUAUAGUAUGAGGUGGUUGUCAGGGUAAAUUGGGAAAUCAGUUGAUAAUGUCACUUGUGACAUUAGCUGAAAAUAAAAAAUGAUAUCAAUGAAAUUAGCGAAAUGGAAAUUUAACCAAAUAUAAAUUCAGUCAUUUAUAAAAUAGCGAAAAACAAAAAUCUGUGGCUACGUUAAUUUAGCCAAUUCUUACGACAGAAACUUGUAAAAUUAGCCGAUUGUAAACUUUGAGAAUUGUAAAAUUAGCCGUUUCUAAAUCUCUCGUAAUUCUUGAACGGAACGACGGAUCAAAAAACAAUUUGAGGCAUCUAAAAGGACUUCCAUAAAUUUAGUUUUUCUGAAAAUUAGACCGACCCAUUCAAAAGUUAUAAGAAAUUUAAAAACGGCUAAUUUUACAAUUCACAAAGUUUACACAAAGUUUCUGCAGUAAAAAUUGGCUAAAUUCACGUAGCCACAGAUUUUUGUUUUUUGCUACUUUAUAAAUGACUGAAUUUAUAUUUGGUGAAAUUUCCACUCCGCUAAUUUUAUUAAGGAGUUAGGUGGAUUUCAGAGGUUCAAAAAAAGGGUAUUUUUACUUUUUGUUUUUUAGUAUAUACAAUGAUAUAUUUUAUUUAAAAAAUUCAGCAUAUCAAAGAUACAUAUUUAAACAGUACUUUGUAAAAUUUUUAUUUAAAAAUUCCGAAAACUCAGCCGUUGGUACCUCAUCUCCCUUGACGUC